UUGUAUAUUCAGCCAGCUCUAUCUGUAUCUGUAUCUGAAUUUUCUCUAUCAGAAAACCAGAAAAAUGGGGCACUCCUUAAGCAAAUUUAGAAGAAGACAUCAUAACCAUCAUAACUCACCUCUUCCUUCUAUACCAGAAAACCCAAUUCCCUCUAAUUCUUCUUCUUCAACAAAUCCAACAGCAGUUUCCAUGACUAGUAGUAGUAUUAACAUUGCCAACACUCGUUAUGGCAGUCCUCAAAAUAAUCCAAUUCGUCCGAUUUUAGCUAAUGCAUCGUCAUCAUUAUCACCAGAAACACAAACUCCUCCCUCUAGUUCCUACAAUACCCAUAUCAACAGUUCCCUCAACUACGCUCCUCCCGUUGGCGGUUACUCCAGCUACCGCCCCUACCAUGAUCAUCAGCCCAGAAGGGGGAUCCCUUCUCAGCAGCAAACAGUGCUUCCGGUAAUUGCUCCACCCCCUUACGUGGAUCACAAUAGUACCAAGAAGAUCAAUAGCAAUGUGAACGUGCACAAGGAUACCAUCACCCUUGUUUUAGAUGAGAACAAUUUGGAUUGCCAUUUGGUUUCUUUCACUUUUGAUGCUCUUGUUGACGGCAGUAUCACCAUUCUAUACUUCGCCAAAGAAGAUACAGACUGUAUGUUAACCCCACUCUACCCUGAAAUCUAUACACCAAGACGAAUUCCUUUCCAUAAAGGAUUGGGCCAGAAAUUCUCUCAGCCCUCAGGAACUGGCAUUGACCUGGGUUUCUUUGAAUUGGAUGACCUAUCAAAACCAUUCCCAAAAGAAGACAGUUUCCCCCUUGUCAUAUUUGCAGAAACAUGCUUUCCACUGAAUGUGGGAUUGGAUCAAUCCCCAAGAACAAAUGCACAAAUCACUGAAGCGGUUAUAGAGAAGAAUAAUGAAGGCCAGUUUCAAGUAAAAGUUAUCAAGCAGAUACUGUGGAUAGAUGAAGUUCGCUACGAACUACAUGAGAUUUAUGGAAUUGGAAAUCCAAAAGAAGCUGAUCCCAGUGAUAGUGAUACUGGGAAGGAAUGUGUUAUUUGCUUGGCAGAGCCAAAGGACACGGCAGUUUUGCCUUGUAGACAUAUGUGUAUGUGCAGUAAGUGUGCAAAAGAAUUAAGGCUUCUAUCGAAGAAGUGUCCCAUAUGUCGCCAGCCCAUCCAAGAACUUAUAGAGAUAAAGGUUAUGGAAGAACUUGUUCAUGCUGAUAGUUAACAAAGGCUAUUUGCAUAGCACGGGUGCGCCUCUAGUUGGUUGUUUGUUGGAAAAGUUUUGGACUGUUGGAGAUUGGUUUGUGUAUAUCCAGUGGAAGCUGAUAUAACAAUAUAGUUUUGUUCAUAUUCUUGUCUAUAUCUGAAAUGUCCCAUCGAGUUUUCAUAAUACUAGGGGCAGCUACGUAUAUUGAUGAAGAAAGUACCUUUGCUUUCAUUCUUCAUUCUUUGUUUAUGCCAAGUAUGUAAAGUUUUUAGAA